AUGCAACCUCAGCAACGACUUGUCGAUUCGAAUGGACAGUCGUCACGCAAGAAACCGUCGUCGCGUCCUUCCACCGCUCCUUCCAACUUCGCACAUGUUUUCGACGAGAACGCCCUUCCGACAAAGAGGCAGCUGCUAGAUGCAGCGUCUUGUGUUGUCGUGGCCGAAAACGGCAUUAGGGUUCCAUUUGGCGACCUCUUCCGGGAACAAAAGACAGUCGUUAUAUUUAUUAGACACUUUUGGUGUCCGCUGUGCCAAGACUACAUGUUUUCUAUCGCCAAUACUGUAGAUCCGCAAGUACUCAAGCAGUCAGGAAUCAACCUUGUCAUCAUCAGCAAUGGCUCGUACAACAUGAUCAGGUCUUACCGACAAAUCUUCCGGACGCCCUAUGCAGUGUAUACCGAUCCGUCUUCUCGUAUCUAUGGUAUUCUUGGGAUGACUGUGAAGGCGGUCGAGUCAAAAGCAGAGCAACGGCGCAGUAGCUACGUCCGACAUAGUCGCGCGGGAGGCAUUGCCAUGGUGAUCGCAAAUGCUCUGCGUGUCGGCAUGCCUGUCUGGGAGAAAGCUGGCGAUCCUACUCAACUUGGUGGCGAGUUCGUCCUCGGGCCAGGAAUGACAGCAUCGUACGCGCACCGAAUGCGAAGUCGCAGCUCGCAUGCGCCUAUCGUUCGGGUGCUCACAGCUGCAGGGGUG